AUGAAGGUCGUCUAUAUCGGCGUUUGGAAGAAUGAGACGAAACCCACGGUGGAGCUGACGUGCGAGCGCGAGCUCAGCUCUUACGGGCGAUUCACACGAGGAAGCAUCAGCGAGUUCAUGUCGUUCUUCGCGGGACAGGUUGCCGAACGGACAAAGCCUGGGCAAAGACAAGAUGUGGAGGAGAAAGACUACAUCUUCCACGCAUACGGACGCUCCGAAGGCGUUUGCGGCAUCAUCAUCACCGAUUUCGAAUACCCUAAGCUCGUCGCACAUCAGCUACUCUCCAAAGUCCUCGACGAAUUCGUAUCCAAAUACCCCAAGUCCGCAUACUCGUCCGCCACGAAGGACAGCCCGAACAUGUCGUUCCCUGAGCUGAAGGAUUACAUUCAAAAGUACCAGGACCCACAGCAGGCGGACAGCAUCAUGAAGAUUCAGAAGGAGCUAGACGAGACCAAGAUUGUCCUGCACAAGACCAUCGAGAGUGUUCUAGAGCGAGGCGAGAAGAUUGACAACCUGGUGCAGAAGAGUGACGGAUUGAGCGCACAGAGUAAGAUGUUCUAUACACAGGCCAAGAAGCAAAACUCGUGCUGCAUCGUCAUGUAA